GAGGCUGCGGUAGUGGAUAGCUUAUUUAGCUGGCUGCUUACUUUCGUCAUCAGGCAGGUAGCCAGUGUUGUUACUUAACCAGAAACAUAGGGGAUUGCUAUCCGACAAGUACCCCGUUUUCUGGAGGAGACGUAAUUUCAUUCAAUCAGUUGGAGUCCCCCAGGUCGGCGACAUGUCAGAGACAUACGAUUUCCUCUUCAAGUUCCUGGUGAUUGGCAGUGCAGGAACGGGGAAGUCGUGCCUCCUGCAUCAGUUCAUUGAGAGCAAGUUUAAACAGGACUCCAACCACACCAUCGGAGUAGAGUUCGGCUCGCGGGUCGUCAACGUGGGCGGCAAAACAGUCAAGCUGCAGAUCUGGGACACGGCAGGACAGGAACGCUUCAGGUCUGUGACGCGCAGCUACUACCGUGGAGCAGCUGGAGCCUUGCUGGUCUAUGACAUCACAAGUCGGGAGACGUAUAACGCGUUGACCAACUGGCUGACAGACGCCCGCACGUUGGCGAGCCCCAACAUCGUGAUCAUCCUGUGCGGCAACAAGAAGGACCUGGACGCCGACCGAGAGGUCACCUUCCUCGAGGCCUCCCGAUUCGCUCAGGAGAACGAGCUGAUGUUUCUGGAGACGAGCGCUCUGACUGGAGAGAACGUGGAGGAGGCCUUUCUCAAAUGCGCUCGCACCAUCCUCAACAAGAUAGAGUCAGGGGAGUUGGAUCCGGAGCGUAUGGGUUCUGGUAUCCAGUACGGUGACGCGUCUCUUCGUCAGCUACGGCAGCCCAGAGGAACAGCAGCGCAGAACAAACAACAAUGCAGCUGCUAGGACACACACACACACACACACUCCCAUACAGCCCUGGUCCGUGUGUUUCUGGGUUUGAUACCGUCCCCCCGUCCCCCCUCCCUCUCUUCUCUGGGAC